AUGGAGAAUGAUUCCAGGAAAAAGGCCUGGGCUGCGGUCACAGUUGGGGGGCCCCCAGGCCGGGCCGGCCCCUCCAGGACCCCCGACGGGGCCCUGCGCUCCUGGCGGCUCCCUCCCCCGGCGCCCCCCUCCCUCUCGGAAGGCCUCGGGGCAGAGCGGUCCCACCCCCUGCGCCCAGAACGGAGCCCGCGUUUCCGGAGAGCUGGAACUCCCGCAGCUCGGGGUCUCCUCCCUCCGCCGUUACGGAAGUGCCCCGGAUCCCGAGGGGAGGGCGGCCUCACUGAGGCCGGCUCUGGAGGGGCCCCGGCGGCCGAAGCCGCGACAGUCGUGCGGACGGCGGGCCGGGUUAUGGAAGUUUUCAGCUCUUAUGUCUUCAGAGAUUUAUCCUGCAAUAAAAUACCAUCUAUCGAAAGGCAUACAUGUGAACCACUACCUUUUUUGCAGUUUAUGAUCUUACCUAGCCGUAUGGCGUGCUGCCUCUGCCAAUUUAAAAAUAUUAUUGAGGUUGUCUGUAAGAGAGUCAAGCUGUGUUGUGACAGUGAAUGCCUGACAGACGUCACACGUUGUGAAUCAUCGCCUAAAUCCACACAUUAUGCGGCUACUGGCCUGAUGACAUUGAUUUCCUCGCUGAGUGAUAUUCCAUUGUACGAGUUGCCAAGCUGCCACCUGCUAAAGAAGAGGAUGUAUCACCCAUACCUGCCGCUAGAAUUUCUCCUCGGGCAGAGAGCACAGGCUCCGGGUGCGCGGGCUCAGCGGCCAUGGCUCACGGGCCUAGCCACUCUGCGGCAUGUGGGAUCUUCCCAGACCGGGGCACGAACCCGUGUCCCCUGCAUCGGCAGGUGGACAAUCAACCACUGCGCCACCAGAAAUAAAAAAUAGGAGGUGCCUUGAAAAGGUAAACAUUGAGCUACCAUUCAAUCAAGCAUACCCACUGCUGGUCCUAUCACCUGAGAGGAUGAGAAUCAAAAUGACACAGGCUGGCAAUCCUGCACUCCAGCAAUAUUUACCACAGCCAGCACUUGGAAGUAACAAAAAUGUCCGUCAACAGAGGAAUGUAGAAAGAAGAAGGGGUUCAUGUACACAAUGGAAUAUUACUCCAAUAAAAAAUAUAAAUUCAAUUAAACAACAUAAGUAAGGAUAUAUCAGCUUUUGGGAGGUUAUCUGGUCACAUUCCACUGUAAUUUAUAACUGAGGAACACCACUGGCAGGAAGAUCUGUUUCCAUAGUUACCAGAGUGGAGAAAGCAGAAAUGCUGCCGCCCUCUGGCCAUUACCUGCAACAGCAGCUUUAAAACCUGUGCUAAUCGUCACUUCAUAUGCACAAGUACUGGAGGGCUGUAAAUGAAACCUACCCUCUACAUGUCUGAGGGAGGUAAUGGCCAAAAUACUUCCAAAUGUGGCACAGACUUCAAGAAAACAAUUUGGAGAGGUAAGCUCUGCUCACUGAAAAACAAAGGACGUGCCUGAAAGCUCAAUUUGAAGGGAUUAUGAGACGCAUGCAAAUGCAACCACAAAGAGGUAUCAGCUUACACCAGUCAGAAUACCCAUCAGCAAAAAAACUAAAAGCAGUAAAUGCUGAAGGGGUUGUGGAGAAGUGCAUACCCUCAACUUUAAGUGGGACGUAACCUGGUAAAAGCCACUAAUGAGAACAGAAUGGAGGUGCCGUUACAAGGUAAACAUUGAGCUAUGAUAUGAUCCAGCAGGCCCACUCCUGGGCCUAUAACCUAAGAAGACAGAAUUGGAAAGACACA